UAAAUUCAAUGAUGAUACUCAAUCUCUUUCUCCACAUUGUCUAAACAAUUCAGAUAGUUCUGGUUCAGUGGUGUCAUUGACAAUGGGGGAUGGGGUGGUGUUGUUGGAUUUCAGUCUCGGUAUGUUUGGGAAUAGAGUUAAGAUUGCACUAGCAGAGAAAGGGGUCAAUUAUGAGCACAAGGAAGAGGAUUUGAUCAACACCAAAAGUGCACUGCUUCUGCAAAUGAACCCAGUCCACAGGAAAAUCCCUGUCCUCAUCCAUAAUGGUAAGCCCAUAUGUGAAUCUCUCAUCAUUGUUGAGUAUAUUGAUGAGGUCUGGAAGGACAAAGCUCCACUUUUGCCCACUGAUCCAUACCAUAGAGCUCAAGCCAGGUUCUGGGCUGAUUUUGUUGAUCACAAGGUGCAUGAAGUUGCAAAGAAGAUAUGGACUGGGAAGGUAGAUGAACUUGAGGCAGAGAGGAAGGAGUUAGUAGAGAAUUUGAAGCUGAUUGAGGAGUUUCUUGGGGACAAGCCAUACUUUGGGGGUGAAGCAUUUGGGUUUCUUGACAUUGCUUUGAUUCCUUUCUAUAGGUGGUUUUCUACUUGGGAGACAGUAGGAAAAUUGAAGAUAGACUCCCCAAAACUCAUUGCAUGGGGAGAGAGGUGUUUGCAGAGAGAAAGUGUGUCCAAAUUUCUUCCAAACGAAAAGGAUAUCCGUGAAUUUGUUCACACGGUCAGGAAAAAAUUCGGGGUGGACUAAGCAUAAAAACAAACAAAUGAUGGUAAGAUUUUAUGUUGGAGGACUUUGAUUCAGCCAAAUAAAUGAAGAAAGAAGUAGGAAAGUUUCUUGUUUGAUGUAAUAAAAUGUGAGUUGAGCUUGUCAGUUUGGAUGCCUUAGCAAGUUGAAAUAAAAUUGGAUUUUCAUUUUA